UCUGUGCCUCUCCUUUUAAAGUUUGAAAUGAGCAAUUCUUUUUCGUGAACAUUGUUGUUUUCGGAAUAUAAGAACUUGAGGUUAGAAUUAUGCAGUGAAAAUUGAUUUGAUAAAUUAAUGUUAAUUGGAAUUCUUGGGCUACAAAAACUAUAAUUAUACCAAUAUGGCUUCGGUUUCAAUGGCUCCGGCACCGGGAAUGCAGCAGAUUGACCUCUCAAAGCUAAAUCUUCACCAGUUGGCCCAGCUCAAACAGCAAGUGGAUCAUGAUCUUCAAGUUUUCCAAGAGUCUUUACAAGCUCUAAAGAUAGCACAAGGUAAAUUUGUGGACUCUGGAGAAACUGUAGAAAAGUUAACACCAUCUACGAAGGGAAAGACAAUCCUUGUUCCUCUGACUAGCUCUAUGUAUGUGUCUGGAACAAUAGCAGAUACAGAUAAUGUUAUUAUUGACAUUGGAACUGGAUACUAUGCACAAAAGGAUAUAGAUGGGGCUAAAGAUUACUUUAAACGGAAAGUCCAAUUUGUGACGGAACAGAUGGAAAAAAUACAAGUUCUCGGUAUAGAGAAGACAAAAGUAAAGGAUGCUAUUUGCAUGAUGAUGGAAAUGAAGAUGCAAGCACAGGCUGAGCCUCAGAAAGCCUCCACAUCAUAACAAUAAUUGUGCGAAGAAAUCUUUUGAAUGCUUAUAUUUAACCUCUUUUUAGUCUAACACUUUUGAAUGUGUUGCAGUUGUAACUCAAGGCAAGAUCGUAAUUUCCUUAACACUCCAUAGUGUUAAGUUCAAACGAUUUUAUGAUUUUGCAUAUUUAUUUAUUUUGAUUUCAAAAUGAACUGCUCAACACCAUGUCAAGUUAUAUUAUCACAAUAACAAAUUAUUGUUAAAGAUUAAAAAUUAUUAAAAGAUUUAAUUAAU